AUGUUGAAGUUUGCAAAGAAAUUUGGCCAUUCUUAUGAAAAGUCAUUUUUUCGGGACGUUUUGAGAAGAACAUCUUCUCCAAAAAAUAUCCAUACUUCUUUAAUUUUAAAUACACACUCUACGAAAAUUACAUUAAAGCCAACUGAAUCGGUAACUUCCCUAGAUCCGUCAACUUCUGCCCUCGAUGUUAUUAAUUUUACAAAAUCCAAAGAGUUAACCACAUUUUCACCAGGAUUUGAACCUUUUGAUCGCACCUACAGGAAUAAUGAUACUGACAAUGCCACCAAAGAGGUUAUGAAUUUAUGGCCACUUUUGGAGGCCUGCUUACAUUUAGGCUAUUUGGAUCGUGCAUUUUCAAUUCUAACUUCUUUAUACGCCAUCAAAACUCAUAGACAAUUUUUCAUUGACGAUUUCAAUAAAUAUUUAUUGAAAUAUAGUGAGAUUGGGGGCACUAAAAAUGGGCCAUGCACUGUUUCGCAAUUAGAAAAUCAUGUUUUUACUACUUUACAAACGAAUUUUAGUGGAGUCGAUUAUAACGAUAGAACAGUUUCUGUUUUAAUACACCAUUCUAUUAAAGUAGGUAAAACUGCUGAUCCAGAAAAACUGGCCAACAAUAUUAACAAGUAUUUAUCCAUGGGGUUGAAGGGACAAAAAGAAAUUAUGAAGAACACUGAUAUUUUGACUUUGGAUGAUUACAUUAUUUUAAUCAAUGAUUUAAAACUGGUCAAAAAAGAAGAUCUUCCAACUCAUAUAAACUUUUUAUUCGAAAAGAAAUUAGGUAACGAGGGAGAUAAUGCUUCUAAUAUGAAUGGCUGUAUUACUAAUGGGGGUGGAAUGUUGCAAGAACAGAGACAUCACAUUGACUUGGACAAAAAUGUUGAAACUUUGGAUAAAGAUGGAAUUGAAGAGCUAAUUUCUGUUGAUACUAUUGGUAUGAAGGUUGUUAGACAAACUUUGUUGGGUUUGUCUUUGAGCGAUAAUCAGCUAGAAAGGUUGCAAAAAUUCUUAGAGCAAGAUAUUUUGUCUGCUAAUCAUAAGUCUUUUAAUUUCAUGGAUAUCUAUAAAUCAUUAAAGACAGAAGAGGAAAUAAAACAGUUUGAUAAUUUAUUAGAAGAAAUCAACCAUGAAAGACAGAUACAACUAGAAAGACGGGCUACAGAUGCGGCUAGAGAACGCUGGAGACACGAUUUUGAGGAAUCUAAGAAGAGAGGUGAACUAGUCGGCAUCAAAAAGAAGUUAAAUGUCACGUUGUGGGAAUGGUAUGAAAAGAUGUUACCGUUGGUUGAGGAAGAGGUCAGACGUUGUCAAGAGGUUUUAACAAAGGAUAAAAGUUUAUUAACCGCUGCUGAUGAUAAAAGAUUACAAUAUGCUCCAUAUAUGAUUUUAGUUGCACCAGAGAAAAUGACUGUUAUUACGAUCUUGGAUCUUUUAAAAUUAAAUUCGACUGGUGGAGUUAUUGAAGGUAUGAGAACGGCUAGGGCAGUUAUAUCUGUGGCCAAAAGUGUUGAACUAGAGUUUAGAUCAGAAAAAUUGUUGAAAAAUGAAUCUAAUCAAUUUAAAACUGUCAACAAGAACUCGCCAGAAUUUAAAAUGCUAGUUAAAAGGGCCAAAUUUUCUUUUAGAGAUUCUGAGCUUGAAAAAUCUAAAAUACUAUGGCCCCAAGACAUUCGCGCCAAAAUGGGAUCUAUUUUAAUUUCUAUCUUGACUCAUGUUGCCACAGUUGGUGUUCAAGGUAGGGAUCCUGUUAGUAACAAAAUGAUUACAGGAGAGGCUCCUGCGUUUUACCACACAUAUCAAUACCACAAUGGUAGCAAAUUAGGGGUUAUUAAGAUACAUAAGAAUCUUGUUAGUCGUUUAAGCGAGGAUGAUUUAGUGUCUGCAGUGCAACCACAACUAUUGCCAAUGUUAAUUAAACCACGUCCUUGGAAAUCCUGGAAUAACGGCGGAUAUUUGUACACACAAUCACAUUUAAUUAGAACCAAAGAGUCCCCGGAACAAAUAGCAUACUUGAAGGCUGUUAGUGAUAAUGGGAUUAUCGAUAAAAUUUAUGAAGGUGUUAAUGUCUUGGGGGAUACUGCAUGGACUGUGAAUAAAAGAGUAUUUGAAGUAAUGUCUAAAGUUUGGAACACUGGUGGAGAUUUUUUGAAGAUACCGGCUGUGACUACUGAACUACGCUUGUUGCCUCCGUUAGAGAGGGAUGCGGACCCAGCAAAGUUGAGGGACUGGAAGUUGCAAAAUAAGUUAUUGGCCAAUGAAUUUUCCAAAAAUAGGUCUAUGAGAUGCGAUGCCAAUUAUAAGCUAGAAAUUGCGCGUGCCUUUUUGGGAGAAAAGUUUUAUUUCCCUCAUAACUUGGACUUUAGGGGCCGUGCCUACCCAUUAUCACCGCAUUUCAAUCAUUUAGGUAAUGAUAUGAGCCGUGGCUUGUUGAUAUUUUGGAAGGGUAAACGUUUAGGACCACAGGGUCUAAAAUGGUUGAAAAUUCAUUUAGCUAAUCUGUUUGGGUUUGAUAAAACUCCAUUUCAAGAUCGUGUCAAGUAUGCGGAAGAACAUUUGGCUGACAUCAAGGAUUCAGCAGAACAUCCAAUUGAUGGCAAAGGUUGGUGGAAAGAGGCUGACAAACCAUGGCAGGCUUUGGCUACUUGUAUAGAAUUGAAUGAAGCACAUAAGUUGAAAAAUCCGGAGGAUUAUGUCUCUCACCAGCCUGUUCACCAAGAUGGUACUUGUAAUGGGCUACAGCACUAUGCUGCAUUAGGUGGUGAUAUAGAAGGUGCUACACAAGUCAACUUAGUUCCAAGUUCCCGUCCUCAAGACGUUUAUGCGUAUGUUGCGAAAUUAGUUGUUCAAAGAUUAGAAAAGGCCUCUGCCAAGGGGGAUGAGAAAGCCACUGUUUUAAAAGACAAAAUAAAAAGAAAGGUUGUCAAACAAACAGUUAUGACAAAUGUUUAUGGUGUUACUUCGAUAGGGGCUACCGAGCAAAUCAACAAGCAGUUAUUACCGGUGUUUCGUGAGAGAGGGGUUUCUUUUGAAUAUUCUAAAUACCUAACCAAACAUGUUUUUGCAUCCAUCCGAAAGUUGUUUAAGAGUGCUCACUUGAUUCAGGAUUGGUUAGCCACUUGCGCCAAAGUUAUUUCUAAAUCCAUCAGGAUUGAUGUAGACGAGCGUUCAUUAAAGAAUGGUACUAAACCGGACUACAUGACUAGUGUUAUUUGGACAACUCCGUUGGGGUUACCUAUAGUUCAACCCUAUCGUGAUGCCUCCAAAAAACAAGUUUCCACCAACUUGCAGACUGUUUACAUCAGCGAUCCGUUUCAAGUUAACCCAGUUAAUUCCAGAAAACAGAAAGCUGGGUUUCCGCCAAACUUUAUUCAUUCUUUGGACGCUUCUCAUAUGUUGUUAUCAGCUAUAAGGUGUGGUAGAAUGGGCUUGUCCUUUGCGGCUGUCCACGAUUCAUAUUGGACGCAUGCCUGUGAUGUCGAUAUUAUGAACGAAUCUCUAAGAGACGAAUUUAUUAAAUUGCAUGAGGUUGAUUUAAUUGAAAGACUAAAGAAUGAAUUUGAUGACAGAUAUCGUAACUAUUUACAAAUAAUGCAAAUACUGAGAUCUUCCCCAGCUGGGAUUAAGUUGCUAGUAUAUAGGAAAAAAUUGGAAACUAAAUUGAAUAGACCAGUGACAAUUAUGGAUGAAAUUUAUCUAGAGAAAAAAAGAAGGGAAUAUUUAGCUUCUGAAGACAAGGCGUUGGUUGACAAGGGUAAAAACAUGGAGACCAGUGUUUCAAUUAUUUCCCAAUACUCUGAAGAGGAGUUGAAAUCAAUGGAAUCAGCUAGUUCUUCAAGUGGUAUUAUUGCAUUAACUCCAUUGAAGAUUCCGGAUAUCCCUCCAAAGGGUGAUUUUGAUGUUAGGGAACUUAAAAACAGCAAAUAUUUUUUUUCCUAG